UACUCGGGCAAGUGAAGAAAUUGAGUGCACUCACUAAAAAAAGAAGUACAAUAAUGUUACAAUUAGCAUUAUACAUAGAACAUGGGCAUUCUAAUCCUAGUUUCUCCUCAAUGACUAAAACAUAAAGAACAUUUUCAAGUUCACCUCCAAAGAGAGUCACCACAAUAUGUUGAAGCACAAAAAUGAUGAAAUCAUUUUGAUCCUAACAUUUCUUUUACUGGUCUCAAACAUAUGUUGGUUAAUGAGUCAAAAGAGAGUGAAGGAAUGUAACACUACUAGUCGUGUCAAGAAAAAUGUACAAGUUUUCCUAUUAGCAGGGCAAAGCAACAUGGCAGGACGCGGCGGAGUCAUUAGAAAAAUUGUUGGAGGAAAUGUUACCAAAGUCUGGAAUGGGUUUGUGCCUCAAGAAUGUAAACCAAAUCAAAAAAUUAUACGAUUUAAUGCAGCUCAAAAAUGGGAAGAAGCACACGAGCCUCUAAAUUAUGGAAUUGAUUGUUUAGCAAGUUGUGGGCUUGGCCCUGGAAUGGCAUUUGCUAAUGAAAUUCUUAAAAGAGACUCAAAUUUUGGGGUCAUUGGUUUAGUACCCUGUGCUAGAGGAGGAACUGGUUUGUUUAAAUGGAGGCGUGGGUCUCUACCUUAUGAUGAAUUGGUUAAAAGAGCAAAAUUGGCUGAGAAAGAUGGAGGAAUUAUUAGGGGGUUAUUGUGGUAUCAUGGUGAAAGUGAUGUAAAAGGGGGAGAUGGAUACAGAGAUUAUAAGAUCAAUUUGGAGAAAUUCAUUCAUGACUUGCGUAGUGAUUUGAAUUCUCCUAACCUACCCAUUUUACAGGUUGUCCUACCAUAUCCGAAAAAGCCAUUUAAAGGUCCAUAUAUAGAAGAAGUGAGAACAGCUCAAUUGGCCAUCAACAUCUCAAAUGUAAUAAAGAUAGAUGCUAAGGGACUAGAAAUCGGUCCAGACGGCAUUCACCUCACAACCCCAGCUCAAGUUCAACUUGGUCAUAUGUUUGCUCAUGCUUUUCUUAGCCUAAUUAAUUUCACAUCGUCGAAUACCUUUAGUUUCUACAAGUUUUUUCAUAUAUUCUCUUAGAUCUUAUUUCCUAAUCUUUGUAUUUUAUUUUUUUAAAAUGAAGUCUCUUACCACGUUCAUAAAUGUUAUAUCCAAGAAUCAAUAUUUUCCAAACUUUUGCUAUAUUCCAAGG